GUCGAGCAUGCCCUCGUUGUAUAUCAUCAGCUCCAAGGUUCUCCAGCCUCAUCAUCAUCUGAGCAUCUGCUCCACAGAACUCCUGGGAUCCUCUUACUUCAUUCCAUCUUUAUACCUUACAACCAUCCACCACAAUGGUUCUCGGACUCGGUGGCUCACUGGAGCCUACAAUGGACCAGGUCCACGAGCAACAGGCUCGCCGUCCCUCGACUGUCGAGGUUGUCAACGAGGAUAUCCGCCGCAAGAGCGUUGACAACCGCAUCGUCACUGGUGCUUCUCAGUUGACCACCCGUCAAUCCAUCAUCCCCGUUGCCCUGGUCACACUCCUCUUCUUCCUCUGGGGUUUCGCCUACGGUCUUCUCGAUGUCCUCAACUCCCGCUUCCAGGUUGCGUUGGACAUCUCUCAGGGAGAGUCGUCUGGUCUCCAGGCUGCCUACUUCGGUGCCUACUUUAUUGGUCCUCUCACCUACUCUGGUUGGUUCCUUCGCAAGUUCGGCUACCGCUACACCUUCAUGCUCGGUCUUGGUAUCUACUGCGUCGGGGCCCUCAUGUUCUGGCCUUCAGCUGUGAAGCGAAGCUUCGGUGGUUUCUGCGGUUCCAUGUUCAUCGUCGGCUCUGGUCUGUCUACCCUUGAGACCUCCGCCAACCCGUACAUUGCUGUCUGCGGUCCUCCCAAAUGGGCUGAAUUCCGUCUCGAGCUUUCUCAGUCUUUCCAAGCUGUCGGCUCCGUCGUCGCUCCCGUUCUUGCUUCCUUCGUCAUCUUCAAGAACGUUGGUGAGGAUGGCAAGUCUCUCUCCUCCGUCCAGUGGGUCUACCUUGGUAUCGCCAUUUUUGUCGGUAUCUUGGCUGUCGUCUUCUACUUCGCUCCCAUCCCUGAGAUUACUGACUCCGAUAUGGCCGACCAGGCUGAGAUGAUGACCUCCGCUACUGGAUACGUCGACAAGCCUCUCCGCAAGCAAUAUACUCUCUUCUUCGGUGUUGCUGCUCAGUUCUGCUACGUUGGUGCUCAAGUCGGUAUCGCCUCCUUCUUCAUCAACUAUUUCACCCAGGCCCACCCCAACCUGAGCACCACCGAUGCUCACCACCAGGGUGCCAACUACUACGCCAUUGCCCAGGCUCUCUUCGCCGUCGGUCGUUUCAGCGCUGCUGGCUUCAUGUACAUUGGUAUCAAGCCCCGCUUGGUCUUGCUCGUUUACCAGACCGCCAUCAUGAUCUUCCUCGCUGCGUCCAUCGGUACCAACACUGGCAGCGCUACUGCUCCUAACUGGGGUGGUCUUGCUCUUCUCAUGGUUGUACUCUUCUUCGAGUCCUGUAUCUUCCCGAUCAUCUUCGCACUGACUCUCCGUGGCCUUGGUCGCCACACCAAGCGUGGUGCUUCCUUCCUCGUCGCCUCCGUCUCCGGUGGUGCUGUCGUCCCCGUCAUCCUUGGCAACGUCGCAGACCGCAUCGGCACACAGCGCGCCAUGGUCGUUCCCUUGGCCUUCUUCCUCAUUGCCUGGGCCUACCCCAUCUACCUCAACCUGUACAAGCGCAGGGAGCUUGAUGCCUACACCGAAUCCAAGGUCGGUACUUCCGAGGAGGGCACCGUCGACUUCGACUCAAUUGUUGCCAAUAAGGACAUCGAGGCUGCUCACUUCGAACACAAGGCAUAAGUGUCUACUGCUACAGUUUUAUAUUUAAAGAGUUUGGUGGCACG